ACAACAUGGCUGCUUGCGUCACGCGCGGGGUAGUGCUAGCUGAGGCAUCUGCGUCUGAGGGGGAGAGCCGUCCCAGCAAGGCUAGACCGGGCAGACGCAUUCUUACAGGCACAACGGAGCAGUCGCGCAGAUACCGGCACCCUGCCGCACGAGGACCAGCAACGACCACGCAGCCGCUCGGCAAACUGAGACCCCGUGCACAGGUCCACCAGUCAGGACACUCAACUUGUGGAUACUGCAGUUGAGGUGGCUUGCAGGUAGAGCAAAGGAAGCAGGACGACUUGGAAUACUGGGCUUAACUGGACUGUGCUGAGGCUGUUCGGCUCUGAUUCCUGGGCUAAAUUGGACUGUGCUGAGGCUGUUCGGCUCUGAUUCCUGGGCUAAACUGGACUGUGCUGAGGCUGUUUGGCUCUGAUUCCUGGGCUAAAGUGGACUGUGCUGAGGCUGUUCGGCUCUGAUUCCUGGGCUAAAUUGGACUGCGCUGAGGCUGUUCGGCUCUGAUUCCUGGGCUAAAUUGGACUAAUUUGGUGCUGCUUGACGGCGUUCGCGACACCCCGUUCCCCACUGAGCGGUUUGGGCGGAGCGAGCAUGCGGUGCGGGUACCCUAGCCUGUCCUGCGGCCUCCUGGUGGCGCUGGUUCUGUGUGCCGCACCCUGGACUCGGGCCUGCCAGGAGAAGCAUCCGGAGCACGGGCUGGUGCUGGACUGGCUGAGGCAGCUGAUCCUGGCCCGGCUGGGGCUGGAGGAAGCGCCCGUCCCGGGGGUGCCAGAGGGGCCGGGGAGGCCGGGGGGGCCGGGGGCGCACCGGCCCCUCAGGUCCCGGGUGGGGAGGGCGGCCCCGGUCGAGGGCAGGCAGAUCCACCAGGACGCCUCGCAGGUCAUCCUCUUCCCCAGCUCGGACUCCACGUGCGCACACACCUCAGACCCUCCAUCCCAUGGAGUGGGCAGCUUCUUCACCUACUACUUCCAGCCCUCCACCCACACCCUGGAGUCCACCAUCACAUCCGGGCACUUCUGGUUCUACUCGGGGGACGGGCCCCUGCCCGCCAACGCCUCGGCCCCCCUGUACGUGCUCACCGCCCAGCAGCAGCUGGUCCUGGCGGCCGACGCGCCCGAGAGGCUGGAGGAGGGCGGCUGGGCGGUGUACCGGCUGGGCCGCGCCGUGCUCUCCUCCCUGGCCGACGGGCCCUUCGCCGCGCAGGUGCGCUGCCCGACCUGCGCCUGCCGCGCCGAGGCCGACAAGACGCCCUUCCUGCACCUCCGCGCCCGGUCCCGCGCCCCCGACCGCUCGCGCCGGUCCUCCAUCCCCUGGUCCCUGUCGGCGCUGGACCGCCUGCAGCGCCCCGCCCAGGACGGGGGCGACUACGACGACUGCCACCGCGAGGAGCUCAACAUCUCCUUCCAGGAGCUGGGCUGGGAGAACUGGAUCGUGCAUCCCAAGGUCUUCACCUUCCACUACUGCCACGGCAACUGCUCCAGCCAGGACCGCAUCACCACCCUGAUGGGCAUCAGGCAGUGCUGCGCCGCCGUGCCGGGCACCAUGAAGCCGCUGCGCGUCCGCACCACCUCCGACAGGGGCUACUCCGUCAAAUACGAGACCCUGCCCAACAUCAUCGCCGAGGACUGCACCUGCAUUUAGGGCCCGGCUCUUAGAAAAAUGGCCUCGCAGUGAAUCUCAUAGCCGUAUUUCUGCAACCUAGAUCUGCUCCAGACGGGAGGGCCCUACCUCCAAAGGGGCGUGGCCUGCCUCCAAAGUGGAGGGUUUGGGUUACACUAAACUCCUCCCAUUCAGAGUUUGGCCACUCCCCUUUGGCGCCAGACCAAUACCCUUUGGAGCUGCUCCAGGUGCCAGUAAUACCCUUCUUGUAAGUUGAUUGCCUGAAAGCAUGAUAUUCAUGAUAACGGAAACUUGUGUCUAUCAUUUUCUUUUUACUAAUACAUGCUGAAAAACUAUUUUUCAAAACUGUGCUAAAAACUUAAACUGCAGUUGUUUGUAAGCAUUCUAAAUUCUGUGCACACAAUAAAGGUUUAGAUCAAUGAUAUUUAAAUUGUUUUU